GUACGGGAGUAUUGGCGACCGCACAGAACAUUUCGGGGAUGGUACACCCCCACCAUCCAGCAGAGUCGGGAUGCCCAAACGGCCGUGGUGACCGUGUCGCUGACCAUCAAUGCCUGUACUCUGUGCUACCUGGUCAGCCGGGCCGCCCUGGGCUACCUACUGGUAUGUCUGCCCCGCGGUCUCCAACACCUGGCACAAAAGCUCAUCAACCUUCACACCGACCAGUCUUGGAUGUUACCAAAAAUAUUCACAGAGCAGUUGAUGACAUGGACGAUAAUUGUACUUGCCGUGGUGGAUUUGGCACGUGGUGAUAUGAUCGCUCAUCCUUUUGUUCCCAAAUCCUCGCGAGAUACACACCUGACAGGAAUCAUCUUCUGCAUGAACAUGGGAAAAUAUGUUUAUAAAGCUGUUCAAGAUUUGACGCUAAUCCUCCAUUUGUCCAACGUCAAAGUGGACUUGCUGCACCAUUCCGUGACUUUGACCUGUUACGCUGUGUUCUACAGUUGCAGAGAAAAUCUUUUGUUAGGUCUUGUUGGCAUCCUUAUGGAAUCCGACCUUCUAUGCAACGAAGUUAUAAGAAUUUAUAAAGAAAUUUCCUGUGAUAGAACCAGUAAAUGUUACAAAAGACUUGUGACAUUUGGAAGUUCUUGGACAUUGGUAUCUAGGGGCGUGGUUCCCGUCGCCUUCCUAAUAACGGCUGUUCUUCAUCAGGACGUAAUGGCCAUGCAGUUCAUUACAAUUAUUUUCUGGUUUUUAGCAAUCGUCUUCUUCCUAGCUAUCAACAUAUGGAUAAUUUUUCGAAGUGGAGUGCGCAUGCGCAAGGCUUUUAUUGAACACCCUUUGCCUGUGAACGCCAGAGACGUGGAGGAAUUACCAUCUGGUGAAGACCAGUAUCAUCAGAGCGACGCCACGCCUGCCGUCACUGUAACUUGUCCAGCGGAGUCCCCACGCGUUCCCGAGAAAACCAUUCCUUUGCAUUAUAAAAACGAUCUCAGUUAUCUUAGUCCAUAUAGUAACAUUAACAUAAGCGGUGGUGAUAGAAAUACCAAGCUGAACGUUUCCAACAAGAAGGCCACAGUGAAAGACUCUGUGCACAAUAUUGCCGCUUUGUUCAAGGCUACCCCGUUACAAAUUUUAGAUAAACGUCGAUUCGAAGGCGAGGACCAAACUGUUUCACCCAGUACCCCUUCACGAAGGCCGAGAACUUUUACGGAAAUGACCGAGAACUGUCGGAGGUCACCGAUGAGAGAAUCGGUUAUAGAUAUGCGGGCGGAUGAAUCACGUGACGUUGUGCCAAGUGUUGUCAUUUUCAGCCCUGAGAGUCACCAACGGCCUGGACACACGCGAUCAAAUUAUCACCGGAUAUAAAGAGCUGUGGAAUUUCGCAUAUUUUGUUUUCUUUUUUUUAUUUUACCACCAAUGUUGUCCGUUUCAAAUGAUCUCAGUAUUUUACACAAUAUCCAGGCAGCAGCAAGCCGACACUGUAUAUUGUGAAAUAAAUAAAGAAAUGUUUUUGACAAUGAAGACAUGUGAACAUU